UAAUUGACGAGCUUUUACCAGCUACCUACACACAGUCCUAGCUUUUUACUUCAUCGAAGAAUCCUUUACAAUAUAAUUGCGCAAUUAUUAGCCAGUUAUUUCAAUUAUGACUCAUCUUUCUCUGUUCUACUAGCCAAUCGUAUAGUGACAUUCCGACAUUCUUCUUAUUAGUAGAUAAUAAGAUUUAUAUUCGAUAAACAAUCUAUGGUCAGCAUGAGUUUAUUCUUUUGUUUGAAUCUAAUCAGCAUGACUCUGUAUUUUAAAACCUACCUUUCCUAAAAUACGAACGAUAAAUUUUUAUAAGCCAUCUAUAUAAGGAUAAACAAAUGAGGAUAUUCUUAGUUGCCAACACACAUCCAAAUAAAAAACGCGAAACAAUGUAUAUCUAUUUUUAUUUAUUAACGUGUUUUACUUUGUGUUUGAAAAUAAAUGAAGCAGCAAAAAUUUUGGGAGUGUUUCCCACUCCUUCCAUCAGUCACCAGGUGGUGUUCCGACCUCUCAUGUUAGAGCUCGCUAAGAGAGGACACGAUGUCACCGUCAUCACAACAGAUCCUAUCUUUCCGGAAGGCGGAACUCAAGCUAACUUCACAGAAAUAGAUCUACACGACGAAUCGUAUCGGAUCUGGAGGGAAAAACUUAUGAAAAUAGCAGCCAGCGGUAAAGAUGACAUAUGGACUUUUAUAGAAGGACUAAAAAUGUUUCCUGAUAUAUUCGAAAAACAACUAAAUGAUGAAAAUGUGCAACGUUUGCUUCGUGAUAACAAGCACUUUGAUUUGUUAAUACUAGAAGCUUGUUUUAGACCCGCGCUCAUAUUCUCACAUAUUUACAAAGCCCCUGUGAUUCUGAUGAGUUCUCUUGGGGCAAUGUUUGAUAACUUCGCGACGGUUGGUGUUCCUACACAUCCCAUACUUUAUCCCAACCUUUUACGUCAAAAAUUGUACAAUCUAACCAUGUGGGAAAAAAUUACGGAAUUGUACUCGAUUUACAAGGUGCAAUUUCUAUACGCAAGAAACUUGGAUUAUGAGGACAAUUUAAUUCGAAAAUAUUUUGGAGAAAAUACCCCGUCGUUAGCCGAACUCGGAAAUAACGUGGACAUGUUGUUCUUAAACGUAUACCCAGUGUUUCUAGGAAUCCAACCUGUGCCUCCAUCUGUUGUGUUUACUGGUGGUUUACAUCAAAAACCUGAAAAACCGUUGCCUGAGGAUCUAAAAAAAUAUCUAGAUUCUUCAAAAAAUGGUGUGAUUUACAUCAGUUUUGGCACCAACGUAGAUCCAACUCAAUUGCCUCCAGAAAGAAUCCAAGUGCUAGUGAAAGCAUUCUCUGAGUUGCCUUACGAUGUGUUAUGGAAGUGGAACGGAGACGAGCUGCCUGGCCGUUCUGAGAAUAUCAGAAUCUCAAAGUGGUUGCCGCAGUCAGAUCUACUCAAACAUCCAAAAAUCAAAGUAUUUGUGACUCAAGGAGGUCUACAAUCAACUGACGAAGCGAUAACAGCUGGCGUUCCAUUGGUUGGAGUCCCAAUUAUGGGGGAUCAAUGGUACAAUGUUGAAAAAUAUGUAUAUCAUAAAAUCGGUGUUCGCUUGGAUUUAGAAGAUAUUACUAUUGAAAACUUCAAAAACACACUGCUCAAAGUUAUUGGAGAUGACAGCUAUCGACAGAACAUAAUCAAACUACGCAGUCUGAUGCGUGACGAGGUGCAGACUCCACUGGAGCGCGCCGUGUGGUGGACGGAGUACGUGCUGCGGCACGGUGGCGCGAAGCACCUGCGCUCGCCCGCCGCCAACAUCUCGUGGGCGGAGUAUCUAGAACUGGAACUGGUGCUCACAUUAAUGGCAGGACUAUUAGUUGCGUUAACUGCUUGUGUCAUCAUAGCAAUUUCGUUUUACAAGUACUUUUUAAGGAAAUACAGAACUGCUGUCAAAGUUAAAAGUUCCUGAUGUGACUGUGACCUGUGUUGUAGACUAAGCACGAAUAAGUAUUUUCACAACCACGUGACCAAUCUUUAGCAGUUUGUUUUAAUAUUUUGUUACAAAGGUAGAAAAUAAGUGAGAAAAAGAAAUAUGAUUAAGUGUUUUGGUUGUUAGUGGCUGUUUUACUAGAAGAAGAAAACGCUGGGAGGCUUCGAUUGUGGAACCCUCGUUUUACAUUAAUCCAAUUUUGCCAUUGAUACACAAAAUUACUAAAAAUGCUUUUGCAGCGGGUUUUUUCAUCUAGGCACAUUUAAAUGUCAAGAUAGCUAUUUCAUCCCAAUGGUCGUGCUGAUUUAAGAAUCAGGAAAAAUGAUAUUAAGUAUAUAAUUCAAAUUUUAAUUAAAACAUCUGCAGAGUA